AUGAGCAUAGGAUCCAAUACAAGACAAGAACUCAACACAGGAACGGAGUUUGUCUUGCGAAACACCUUUGGCUCCUGCCAACCGCGGCGUCCCAGUGCGCCUCCGUUACAGCAGCAACCUCCCCCACAAACUAAACCCUUCUGCCGCAACCGCUGCGAGGUUUUCGCUUCCCGGCUGGCAGCCCUCUCUACCUCUUCCUUUCUCGAACGUGCCCGCGCCGAGAUCUGGCUCGCCGAGCACUACGAGCUCCCGCGCUGGCUCACCGAGCGCUUGGACGCGCUGCGCGGCAUCACGUCCACCCACGACGACGACCCCGAUCCCACCGAUCAAUGGGAAGCCGAGCAAGCGUGCGCACGAGAGGCGUACGCCAGUGCCGCCCGGCGCCAAAGAUUACACAGACCGCCGGGCGAAGACCCGCCCAUCCAGCCGUCGUCGUUCCGCGUCGAGUGGAACCUUAUUCUCCCAGCGGACUACCCCCCGCCCGUGCAUCCGAGGACGCAGAAUGCGACGGGCCCUUCGUCAUCUCUGCAGGGACCGGUGGGGAGGGACCAGAGUAUUUCGCCUGUUGAGCGCUUGCCUUCGCCUGUGUGGCGACUGUGA